AUUAUUUGGCACAAGUGCUAAAAUGUCCUUUUAAAUUAAUUAUCAUAGAACCAAAGAUAGGCUCAGGGAGAAAUAUUGUAAUUAGCAGAUCCUGUCUCCUUACCUGGGGCUGCCUGACAACCACAGCACUUCCGUCCUAUGCAGAACCUCCGAAUGAAAGGGUCUUGAGGUUUUGUCUGGUCUCAACUGACAAAGAAAUCAGUGCAUUGAGCCAUGAAUUUUGGACCCCAAACGACGUUGGUGAGGAAUAACUCCAGUCUCCUCUUUUUCUGGACCCAUAAGGUCUGUUGGGUGGCUGAGAUUCAGUUGAUCUUGGUUGGACUCAGCUGGGCAUGGCUCCAAAUUCCAAGUCCACUUUGGGUCUGCUUCCUAGAUCUCUGUCUGGAACUGGCACCACCUGGGGCAGGGACUUCUCGUGGUUAUGGCACAAGAGACCGACUCGAACCAGUUAUGCCCAUAAAUUCAGACGCCUCCUGGCUCCAAGCAGAUCACAUCAUGAGUGGAGCUGGUGGGCAGCGUGGGAGGUCACACGGGGGAGCGGAAGAGCCAGGGUCUGAACCCACAUCUUUCAACUCCACGUCCAUGGGUCUGGCUGCCACAGUGAGUGACUUCCCAGCCACUGAGUUUCUCGACACGCAUCCUGAUGUGCUUGUGCCUGGGAUGAAGGGCCUUCAUUCAGCUCUCAUAAACGCUGUGUCCACCAGACCCCAAAGGUGUGCGGGGGGGCCUGCCUGGGCCAGCAGAAGUGGCCUGGAGCACCUCAGGCUGGGGAUGCAGGACGCUGAGCUCUCCUCCUGUGGCCUUCCCUUCCACCUUGGAUAUGACCGUCUCUCAGAUUUCUCCCUCAGUGAAAUAAGAACCAAGGUCAUCGGCCAAGUGUGGAGAGAGGGCAGAAGAAGAGGGAAUCACUCGGACAACGCUAAGGGCCCACUUGAGUCAUGUCUAGUAAUUCAGACAUUGGCACAGAGGCAGAAGAAAGGUGCACACUGGACUUGGAGCCCACUGACUCAUGCUCACAUGGACAGGAAAGAACAGGUCCUAGUGGAAUGUCCUUUCCCAGGCACUGUUGGUAUCUGUUCUAGAAAAUGAAACCCUUAAAGAUGCUCAGAUGCUUCUGUGCACGAAGCACCCCCGUUGGCAUCGCGCUUAGAGAUGAGCACUCUGCUAACUCAGCUCCUCCUCGGGCAGCUGCUCACAGAUCUGUUCGGGUGGGGGAGACCUCUCCUGGCCUUCCUCAAAACCAUCAUUUAUGUAACCAUCCCCAGGGCUACAGACAGCUAAGAAGUGAGGAAAAGCAAGCAACAUCUGGUGUUAAACAAAUACCAUCAUCUUACAAAUGACUCAUCUCUGGGAGAAUGAUUCGUGCAUAUGCAGAGCAGAGGGGAGUGAACACCAGGACCCGAUACUAGAAAAUCAACACCUGAAAGGCUGUUGUAGGACCUCCUGAGAGCUCUACUGUGUCUCCAGCUAAAUGCCAUUUUGGGAAAAAGAGAAGGUGCUGGUGUUCAUAGCUUUUAGUCACACUGGACAGGAUGCCCACCUCCUGCUCUCUGUUCUGAAGAGCAGAAUUCUGCCAACAGACAGCUUGAGAGUGGGUCCGUGUCUGGGGUGGUGAGUGAGCUUGUGUGGUCCCCACGAGCAUUUCUUGGCCUGCUUCCUCGCCCCCCUAUUCCACGCCAAGACCAUUCCUGUUGUGCUGCCGCCGGUGCAGUUGGGAGCUCUUCAGACCUUCUCAAGCAUCAUCCAGACAGUUAAGCAUGUAAAUGGCUAAGACAGAUGCUUUAUGACUUGCCUGGUUAUUGUGGAUGUCAUACCCCCAAAGAAGAAAAAUAUUAAUGAAUCGUUCUGUAACACUUACGUGACUCCAAUUAAGCUGUGAUGGGAAGGGCCUGGAGCCAAAUGGCGAUGGAGAACUUUGUCACUGGCAUCCGACUGUUAAGUCUCUCUCCUUUCAGCAUGAUCUUUUUCUCUCUCAACUGAAAUCCGUCUUCCAGCUUCCUGUGAGGCAACCAGUCCCUCAUGCUGACCCAGGCCAUCAAGGAUCCUCUCUGCAAGAUUCCAGACAAGGCUGCUACCACCAAAUGUUGUAUCCUCUGACAUAAAUGACAGCCACGGAUGUGUUCAGUUUGUCUUGUGUAGUGUUUUAAAUGAAAAUUAAUGGUUUGCAGCAUUCAAGAGAUUUCAUAUAAAUAUCUAAAUUCUCAGCUUCUCUGGGGAAAAAAACCAGAAAGAUUUGGCAAGACUGGGUUAACAUUUUCACAUUAGCAACAACUGGCUGUUCCUUUUAGAUGGGCCGUGGCUGUUCACUUUGCCGUGGACCCCACUACUCCCAAUUGCCUCCCUUCUCACAUGGUCAAAUUGAUUAUCAGGAGCUGUGAGCAGGGCACUCCAGAGUAGCUGUUACUAUAACACCAGGAAGUCAUCCUAUGUGGUGUGGUUUCUUCACGUUCCCCAUGGGAAAUCGUGUCAUCUGCCCCCUUCCUCCCUCACAGAUGUGCAACAGCAUCUCUAAAUGCUUCUAGUUUCUCAGAGGAAAAAAAGCUGGCAAGCCAGAAAAGUACAGAAAUAAGAGUCCUUUCUAUUUAUUGUGUUCAUUAAGUGAACAAAUGAGCACAUCACUGGAAAGUACAGUGACUAAGAAGUAGCCCAAAGGGAAAAACCUAAUGGGGGAAUUUUAUUAAAAAACAUAAUUUACACAGCCACGCUCUGGGUUUCCCUCUCAGCCUCUCGGUGGUUCUCAAAGCCCCUGGGAGCAGCUUGAGUGGUGGAAAGUGUAUUUGAAGGUUCUAUCGGCUUGAGGGCGGGGCUGUGGGAGGGGGGCCUCCCAAAUCCUGUGGCCAGCUGAUAAGAGCUCUCCUCACAGGGCUGUUUGUGGGUCAUGAGGUGCUUGGCCACAAACCUUGACUCUUGGCAGGGCUAGACUGUGGUAGAUUUGUUGGCAAGAUUAGCUCAAGUGCAUUCUUUUCAUCCAAAAACCCUUCUCUGGAAAGGAGGUUCACGAGGCACCCUGGGGGCAAAGGAGGAACCCCGCCAUUCUUUUUUUAUAGGACUUCCUCCUCUGUCACGUGGGUCAACCCAAGAGGCAAGAGUCUGGGUGGAGAGAGGGGUGCCCAGCCCAGCCACCAUGGGCUCUGCGCCCUGACAGCCAGCAGCAGUCAUCGGAUGAGCUCCUCCUUGUCAAUCAUGAACCGCUUUUGCAUAUUUGUGAUGUGCUCAGCGUUUCAUCAGAAGUGUGUUCACUGGCCCAUCCUGCAGGACUUGCCCUCAAAGGCAUGUUUUACUCCCUCUUCCCUUUUCUCCUGGUCCAGCCUCCCCCUUCUCUGAAUCCUGUCCUCACUAGCCCCUCCGCUCCUGGUAGAACCACCCUCAGCCUCCGCAUGGCACACCCCUCACCCCCAACCGUGGCCCUGGGGACAGAAAUUGUGUCGUGUUGAGAGACAAAGCGAGGUCCCCUUGGAGAAAGAGUGUCCUCCCACAGACCCUUCUUGAGAACAGUCUUUUCCUACGCGCAACUUACAUGCUGCUUAGUGAUGUUUAAGAGUGCACUAAAACUUCCUCCCUUCCGUGCCCGUCCCCCAGAAAGCCCUGCCCAGGGGGUAGGUGAAGAGAACUGGGGUAAAUCCUCGUGCUUUCUCCUCCCCGGCCUCCAAACCCCUCCCAGGUUCUCCAGGGUCUGAGUCCCAGCGUGAGGGCACGGCGCUGGCAAGUUCUCUCAGAGACGUGAGACCGCAAAGCCUCAGUCCCGGUGAAGCUGCCUGAGAAGGGAGGGCCUGAGGGUCAGCAGAAGUGGGAGCGCCUCGGUUGUCUCUGUUUUCGGCCCACGCCCAUCUAUGAGCUCGUCUCACUUGUU